UUGGCGAGGGACGACAGUUUUAAACAGAAUAUAUCAUAUAUGUGGUUAAUAUUUAUUAAGGCUAAUUAUAUUGUAAUAUUGUGUUUGGAUGCAGAUGUUUUAGGUAGACCUACUUUUAAUAGAAGUGUAAUGUCAGGAAUUAUGUAGGCUAUUGGAAGAAGCUUUCUUCUAAUACUAUAUAUUAGAAGAGCAAUGGUGUAAGUACUGAAGUUAUCCCAGGGACAAACCGAGCCAGUUAACGCUUAUGCUGAUAGCAAAAAUCCACACGCUGCUUAAUUAUUAAUUAUUGUAAUAUGCGAGCAUAAAAUUAAUAUUUAAUAUUUUAUGAUGGACCCUUUGUAAUUGACUUCACUUUCGUAAUGGACAAACUCAUCGAACACAUGCUGACACGUGAAUUAAAAUUCUUCGACAAAGAUAUAUAGCCUGUUUUAUAGGAUACUUCGCUAUUUGCAUUAUUUUUGUUGCCGAAAUGCCGUUAUAUCUACGCGUUUUCGAUUCCGCGUCUCAGGUUAUUGUAUUUUGGAUUAUCUAAUACUCAAAAAUUUUAUUUAUAAUCAAACUACACGUACUGGAAAGUUUUAGCUUGCGUUUAAGGAGAAAAAAACUUAAUGGGCAAGAACAAAUACGGGGUUUUACGUAAUUCUGCAUUUGGUCCGUGGUAGAAAUGACCCAUUCGAAACGAGGAACUAGACAGAUGUGGUUGCGCCCAGUGCCGAAGAUGGGACACACGUUGAACCUAGCGUGCAAAACUGGAGAAAACGGCAGAAAUUAUGUGGGUCGAAAAAAAUAAAGAGGUCACGUCGCUUUCUAUUCCGUUAGAAGGCGCCUGUAGCAGGAAGCGACUCUUCUAAACUCUCUCUAGCGCGCAAUCCUCCAGUUCUUUUAUUAUUAUUAAAUUGGAUCAACAGGACAGGUUCAUAUUUCUUCUCUGCUGUUUGCCAUAUUUCUUGCGAUCGUGGUAGAAUUUAUGUAUUAAUUAAAAGUAAAAGUGAGAAUACCUUUUAUUUCAGAGGAAGCCCAUAAGCGUACAUCGUUCUAUAGCUUAGAAUUAACAAGCAAGUGCAAAUGCGUUGAUUCUGGUAUGUCGCCCUCUAUUAAAUGGGUCAACUCCUCCAUACAUGACAUAACUAAUAACUGGGCUUUCCAUGUAACCUCUGAGUAACAUUUCAGACGUUCCUGGAGGGGAUUUCGACUCUAACAAAACACCCUGACAUUGGAAACUGGGGGUAAUUUGAACUACUGACUAAAACUGGAGAACAUGUUUUGAAUGAAAUAUACUUAAAAGUGAGGGUCAUAAAUCGUUUGGGCCCAAGGCGAUUCGAUUACAGUGCAUCUGCAAUCUUCGGAGGUCCAGAGAGGACAUUUAUUGUUUCUUCCCGUUAUCUCGAGAUCGCGACUUAUAUCUUAUCUAGUCAUCUAGUGACCAGUGAUCAUUACCCAGCAGUCUGUAAUUAUGUCCUGCCGGUAACAUUUCAAAAACACCAUGCUUGAGAUGACCGUGAUAUCUUCGAAUCAGACAUGGGCCAACUGUACGCUGCCAUACCGGGUGGACAAGAUCCCGCUGAUUCUACUGUACAGCAUGGUGCUGAUCAUUGGGCUUCCUGCAAACAUGGCCACCGUCUACAUGACUUUCCUGCAGGUCCGACGCAAGAACGUGCUGGGCAUUUAUCUUCUGAGCCUAUCGCUGUGCGACCUCAUGUAUCUGUGCACCCUGCCCAUGUGGGCCGUGUACGUGGGCAGGGAGCACAAAUGGCCCUGGACCUCGUUUGCCUGCAAAUUAACUAGCUACAUUUUCUUCAACAACAUGUACAUCAGCAUCUUCCUGCUCUGCUGCGUGUCCGUCGACCGCUACGUGACGGUGGCCUACGGUUUGGAAUCCCGCGGCCUGCGCCAGCAGAAGCUGGCUGGCGCCAUCACCUCAUCAAUCUGCUUGCUGGUGGCACUUGGCCACUUGCCCGUCUUCACCAUGGCAGAGGGCGAAACAGACCAGCAACAGUCCUGCUUCGAGCCCAGUCAACCCAGCUUCAUCGUGACUGGCUUUAACUACGCCCGUUUCGUCAUCGGCUUCCUCCUCCCAAUGGCUAUCCUGGUGGUCACGAAUUGCCGCAUCUCCACCAGCAUCCAGGCCAGUGAAACUCUCCUGGCCAGGCAGAAGUAUAAGAUCAAGUGCUUGACAAUGGUGGUCAUUAUCUUCUUCUUGGUCUGCUUCGGGCCUUAUCACCUUAUCCUUCUGCUGCGUGCUGUUACCUUCCACAUCCCCCAGUUACGGAAUGACUGUGACUUCGAGAUACGGGUCUACACGCCUUACACCAUCUCCCUGGGGCUAUCUACUGUCAACAGUGCCAUGAACCCCAUCCUCUACGUUCUGGCCAGCGACAACAUCCGAAAGGAGAUGCGGCACGGCCUGGCGGCACUGAUCCGCCGGUCUAUCCAACGUCACCAGACUGACAGCAGCCAGAACAAGAUGCAGUCGUCGGAGGCAACUCAGGGCCGGGAAAACCCCAGCAGCUGAGGAGGGAAGGCAAAUUGAAACAGUCGCUUUUUUCCAGUGGCAAUGACAACCGCUCUGCUGUACCUGGCAGUGCUGUACCACUGCUGCCGACUAGUGGGAAAAAUAUGGAGUAUUUAUAAGGUUAUGAACUAUCUUGAAGGACUAAUAAAUGCAGUGUGUGGCUCAGUGGGCUAUGGCUUUUAGCACCAGCCUCAGCACACAUGUGGGUCCUUGAGCAAGGCCCUCAUCCCCCAGCUUCCUGGUUGCCCCAGUGAUUGGCUGCCCUUCUUGGCCAGCUUACUCUGACCUACAGAGAGCAAGUUGGGGGAGGUGUAAAGACAAUCUCCCCGUGGGAAUCGAUAUUACUAUUUUUUAAUGCGCUUAUUGCAUAAUGCUAAAUGUGACAAGUAGUAUUCAAGAUUUUUAUUGGAAUGUUGUUAAACUCUUUUAAAAGAGUGAGCCCACAGGGCAACAUCGCUAUUUAAGUCUGCGUUAUGUGAAUGGCUUGGCACCCAGGCACUCACAGAUGCAACACGCCAGGUUUGGCUCCAGGUGUAGGUUAUGGUAACUCUAUUCCAGGCAUGAUACUCCUGUUUUUUUAGUACCUUUUUUUGGAGGGGGGGAUAAUUAGACCGUGUUUUCUCUGGCUGAAGCAUUACACAGCAUUGGUCUUUGGAUUGCUAAGGUCGCACUCCUCAAGCACGAUCCACAGCUGACUUGGCGACGUCUGGAGAAGGGGUGUGUGGGCAGACUUAGUAUGAUGCCAGCAGAACCUUAACCAGGAGAAAUGGUGUGGUCAUGAAUUGUGGCAACGAGAUAUUACCGCACAUGGUACUGAAUUUCCUGCACUUUCAUGCUGUCAUCAUUCUGUGGUCAUAGUCGUCAAAACUUUAUCCUAUUAUCAUCAUUUAAAAUAUUUGCAUUAUUUUUUGAAUAGUACUGAAAAAACAAAAUGGUUUCAAGUGUAUUUUUUUUUUACAUGUGAAUAUAAACUGUGAUGCAUAACUUGUCAUUUCAUCUGCUGGUUUUAUUGGUUUUAUACGAGUAUAAUCGGUAAUUCCUGUCUGACCAGUUAAGCAGUUCAAAAGCUUCUGCGGCAAUCUCUACAAGACGAAUUAUGCUUGAGGUUGUGGUUAGAAUUUCUGCCAGCAUAAAUUCAACUUUUAAAGCAUUACUUGUUCAUAAGCUAUUAUGAAGACACCCCACAACUGCUGUAAUAAAAUCUGAUAAUGCUUUAAAAACA